AUGUGUAAAAUCUAUCUAUCUCAGUCUAUUUAUUAUCUAUCUCAAUUUGUACUCAAUCUCUCUCUAACAUUCUAUGCUAAACCUAUUAAUAUCUAUAUCAUUUUAUUCAUUAUCUAUCUAUUUCAGUUGUCUCAAUUGAUGCAUCUACUUCUGAUUCUUAAAUUUUGUAUUUCAUUUUCACAUAUGAAUAUCUAUCUUUUUAUUUGUCUAUUUUCAAUCUAUCUCAUUCUUCUGUUCAUAUCUAUCUAUCUAUCUAUCUAUCUAUAUAUAUAUAUAUAUAUAUAUAUAUAUUUCAUUAUCUAUCUCAUUCUAUCUAUCUCAUUGUAUUCAUUAUCUAUCUACUCAUUAUCUAUCUAUCUAUCUAUCUAUCUAUCUAUCUAUCUAUCUAUCUAUCUAUCUAUUCAUUAUCUAUCUAUCUAUCUCAUUGUAUUCAUUAUCUAUCCGUCUGUUCAUAUCUAUCUAUCUAUCUAUCUAUCUAUCUAUCUAUCUAUCUAUCUAUAUAUAUAUAUAUAUAUAUAUAUUCAUUAUCUAUCUCAUUCUAUCUAUCUAUCUCAUUGUAUUCAUUAUCUAUCCGUCUGUUCAUAUCUAUCUAUCUAUCUAUCUAUCUAUAUAUAUAUAUAUAUAUAUAUAUAUAUAUAUAUAUUCAUUAUCUAUCUAUCUCAGUUUGUUGAUAUCUAUCUAUCUAUCUAUCUAUCUAUCUAUCUAUCUAUCUAUAUUCAUUAUCUAUCUCAUUCUAUUCAUUAUCUAUCUAUCUAUCUCAGUCUGUUCAUUCUAUCUAUCUAUCUAUCUAUCUAUCUAUCUAUCUAUCUAUCUAUCUAUCCAUCCAUUCUAUCUAUCUAUUCAUUAUUUAUUUAUCUAUCUCAUUCUGUUCAUAUCUAUCUAUCUAUCUAUCUAUCUAUCUAUAUAUAUAUAUAUAUAUAUAUAUAUAUAUAUUCAUUAUUCAUCUAUCUAUCUAUCUCUAUCUAUCUCAUUCUAUUCAUUAUCUAUCUAUCUAUCUAUCUAUCUCAGUCUGUUCAUAUCUAUCUAUCUAUCUAUCUAUCUCAGUCUGUUCAUAUCUAUCUAUCUAUCUAUCUAUCUAUCUAUCUCAGUCUGUUCAUAUCUAUCUAUCUAUCUAUCUAUCUAUCUAUCUAUCUAUCUAUCUAUCUAUCUCAGUCUGUUCAUAUCUAUCUAUCUAUCUAUCUAUCUAUCUAUCUAUCUAUCUAUCUAUCUAUCUAUCUCAGUCUGUUCAUAUCUAUCUAUCUAUCUAUCUAUCUAUCUAUCUAUCUAUCUCAGUCUGUUCAUAUCUAUCUAUCUAUCUAUCUGGUUCUGUCAUUUAUAUUUAUCUAUCUCACAGCAUGUCUAUUACUCUUUUUUUUCAUUUUUUGUGACCACUUCUUUUACUUUUACUCCUUCUUUAUCAUUCAUUCAGUUUUCUUCUUCUUUCUUUUAUUGUCUUUUAUUUAUUUAUUUAUACAUCUCUGCCUAUCAAAUUAA